AUGAUCUCCAGACAUCUUAUCAUCGGCAGUGCCUGUUUGAUAUUGUGGGGAAUUAUUGAAAUUAAAACAACAAUUUAUUGGAUUUCAUUUUUCAUCACAUUUUUAUUCGGGUUUGUGCUUCAUCUGACUAUUCAUCGAUCAACAUGGUUAAAAUCAAGUCUAAUACAAAGAACGAUUAAAACAUCAUUUAAUAAAAGAAAAUCGAUCACACAUAUUGAUAGCAUUGAUAAUGAUACACAGUCACGUUUGAAUGAUCGUGUACAAUUAACAGGAAUACCUGUUAUUGAUGAACCACUUUAUGAAGGAAUUGAUUUAUUUGUUCGUGAUUAUGUUGAAGUUUGGUAUAAAACUCAAUUAAGUUCUGAUGAAUCAUUUAUUCAUGAUGUUAAAAAUGGAAUCUAUAUAACAAUUCAACAUUUAUCAGAAAGAUUACGUGAAAUAGACUGGUUAGAAUUUUGUACUGGAACAGUUGUUGAUAGUUUUGCAACACAUGUUCGAUUAUAUCGAAAAGCUAAAGAACGUAUGCGAUUAGAACAAUCGACAGAUAUUCGAGUAUGCUUUUUUGAUUUGGAAGCUGAAUAUGAAAGAGGAAUUUGUCGAGAUGAAGUUUGUAUGGAUAAAGAUGCAGAAAAAGAAUUUUUGCGUGAUAUUGUUGAAGUUUUAAUUUAUAUUUUAUUACCUGCUAAUGAAUUUCGUUCGGUUCCAGCUCGAAUGUUACUUAGAGAAGUGUUAGUUAAUCUUGGUUUAAUACCUUUUAUUGAUAUGUAUGCAGAUCCGGAUGCUGUCAAUCAAUUAAUUAUUAAAAUGUGUCAACAAUUUCCAUUAACAAUCGAUAAUUUUCUUCUUGUUACACGAACUACUGAUUCACGAGCUGAAUUAUCAACAUUAGCUGAUCGAAUUGCUAUUGAAAUAAAUCGAUGGCGUUCAAAAGAUACUGGAGGAGAAAAUGAUGCAGAUAUUCGUGCAACAUUAAAUAGUUAUCAAUAUUUAAAAAAAUUACUUUCUGAACGAUUAGAAAAACAAGCACAAACAAUGACAUUGGAUGAUGAUGAACUUUUACAAAAAGUGACCUAUCAUGAUUUACCAUUAACUGAAAUAUUGAAUAAUUGUAAUGGUUUAGAUUAUUUUUUAAAAUUUCUGCAAACUGUUGAUGCUGCUGGCUACGCAAAUUUUUAUCUUAAUGCUGAAGCAUUUCGAUGUGCUGGUUUAUCAGUACAACAACAAAAUAUAAAUACAGCACAUGAACAACAUCAAACUAAUUUAGAAAUACUUAGACAUAUGGCCUAUGAUCUUAUUGAACAAUAUUUUCUUCCAACAGGAACAUUUAAAUUACCAAUGGAUGAAAAUCUCAUACAAAAAACAUUAAAAAUUUUAAGAACAGAAUCAAUGAAUGAAACAUUACUUGAUGAACUUCAAACAAAAGUUUUCGAAAUUCUUUCAUCGGAUAAAUAUUAUGGACAAUUUAAAACAACAUCACAAUAUUUAAAAGUUUUAAGUGAAAUUGACCCUACUGAUUCAUUAAAUGAUAAUUCAGAUGCUGCUUCGGUAUCAAGUAAUAAUAGUAAUGAAAUCUCUGUCGAUUUUGCUGAACAACAACAUAAUUCAAGUAUUUCUCCUUCUUCAGCGUCGAGUUCUGGUAGUACAACUUCUAUUGUACCCGACAUGCUUGAUAAUAUAAAUAAUUAUUCAAUUACAACAGAAAUAAAUGAUUCGGGUGUAUGUUGUGAAAGAGGUGAAAAAUAUGCCAUCUAUGUUAUAUCUGUAUCUUGUAAACCAUUACAUGUUCAUGGCAAUAGUGUUAAUGAUUUAAGACGUGAAUGGAUAACAUAUCGUCGUUAUAGUGAAUUUAAUGAUCUUGAUAUAGCAAUAAAAAAACGUUAUCCAGAUUUACGUGAAUUUCUUCGUUUACCUAAUAAAAGUUUAAUUAAUAAUACAAGCGCAGAAGUACGAUUAAGACGACAAAAAGAAUUAAAUGAUUAUUUAUCAACAUUAACGAAAACAAAAGUUCUUCAAAGUCAUCCACAGAUUAGUGAACUUGUAUUGAAGUUUUUAAAGAAUCAACAAUGGAAACAUGAACAAACAGAAUUUAUUCGAAAGGACCUUAUCGCAUCUACGAUGGAUACAAUUGUAAAUCCGUUCAAACAAGCAUCAAUUGGUAUUGCUAGAGGUGUAUCGAAAUUGGGUGAUGGAUUAACAAUUGUGUCGGAUAGUGUUGUUGAAAAUGCAGGAAAACUUUUUCGAACACAGUCGAAUAAUCAAAAUCAAGCAAAUAUUCAUUUAACAAGAGAUAUGCAAACAUUUCCUAUUGUUGAAGAAUCUCAAGCUGAAAGUGCUAAAAAUAUUCCACUUCGUGUUCUACUUGUCAUCAUGGAUGAAGUAUUUGAUCUUAAACAAAAAAAUAUGUGGUUUCGUUCAAGAUUUGUAUCAAUAUUAAAACGAUUUUUACGAGCAUUUAUGGGCGAUUCAGUGAAUCGACGUAUUGCAACGUUUGUUCAACAUUGGACAUCAGCACCAAAAAUUGCUAAAGAAAUUAUCCGUUUUAAAGAUGACUUUUGGCCCAAUGGUAUUUUAGCUGAUAAAGCACCUGAACGUGAUGCAAGUGUACGCAAUGUAACGCAAAUUCUUUGCAAAGCAAAAUUACUCGGCAUUGUUUCAGAUGAACUUCGUCAUAUAAUCGGUAGUGAAACAACUCGUCGUGGUCUAUUAUGUUUAUUUGAAUUAUUACAAAAUGAAACACUUAAUCGUCGAUUUAUAUAUAUUGUUUUUGAAGCAUUACUUAUAAAAUUAUUUCGACCGAAUGAUCUACAUUUAAUAUUUGAAAAACUUUAUUCACAAUCUGCACGUGUCAAAGAAGAAUAUCGAAGACGAAUAUUUGAACAAGAUCAUUUUCGUAAUGGAAUUUUAAAUGCACAACAUCAUUAUAAUGAAUUAAAUCAACGACCAUAUUAUUUGAAUCGUUUAUCUGUACGAACUGAUGAUGAUAGUGCAAGUGUACAUCGUUCGAAUAGUAGUUCACAACAAAAAUAUCAGAUGUCGAGAAUAUUAACGAAUGAUGAUGAUAAUGAAAUUCAAACAGUUCAACAAUCUUAUGAUGAUUUUAUACUUGAUUUUAAAGCAGAUCCAUCAAUAACUAUUCUAUCUAAAAAUUCUCUAUCACUUUUGCAUGAAUAUGCACAAUUAAAUGGACAAAAAUUAUCAUUUCAAGUGAUUUCACAAUUUGGACAAAGUCAUCAACCCAUUUUUGCUGUAGCUGUUCUUCUUGAUGAUAGACAAUUUUCAGCUGAAUUUGCAUCAACAAAACGUGAUGCAUGUAUAGAAGCAGCUUAUAAAGUUUUUUAUCAAUUAUCACUGGAUGCAAGACAAUCUCAAAGAUUUAUUACAAAAAAUGAUUGUACAUUGUUUGAUCGUAUUGCAUCGGAAAUUUUAUCAACAUAUCGAGAUUUAUGUAUUAGUGUACUAUUAGAACUUAUUGGUUGUAAAGUUCUUGCUGGAUUUGUUCUAGAAAAAACUGAUAAACAAACAUUUACUGUUAUUAGUCUAGCAACAGGUAAUAAAUGUGCUGGUGGUUCAGUAUUAUCACCGAAAGGAUUAGUUGUUCAUGAUAGUCAUGCUGAACAAUUAGCUCGUCGAGGUUUUAUCAGAUAUUUAUAUGGACAAUUAGAUUCUUUUCGAAAAAAUACAGAAUCAAUAUUUGAAAAAGCAGAUAAUGAAAAAUUAAUAUUGAAAUCAACAAUACGUAUUCAUUUUUAUACAUCAUUUGCACCAUGUGGUGAUUCAGCAUUAUUUACUCCAAGAGAUAAAAUAACUGAAGCAUCAAUAAAAGAUGAACAUCAAUUAUAUCGAACAGCACGUGUACAAGGUCAACUUCGUUCGAAAAUUGAAAAUGGUGAAGGAACAAUUCCAACAGAUUCAAAACAUACGAUUCUAUCUCUUGAUGCUAUUGCAAAUGGUAAACAUGUUCGACAUAUGUCAUGUUCAGAUAAAAUUUUUAGUUGGAAUGUUUUGGGUAUACAAGGUGCACUUCUUUCAAAUAUAAUUCAACCUAUUUAUCUGCAUUCUAUUACAAUUGGUUUUCCAUUUCAUUAUGGUCAUUUAUGUCGAGCUUUAUGUUGUCGAUUACAAGAUUAUUUUAAUUCAAAUUCAUUAUCGGAACCUUAUCGUCUUAAUCAUCCUCUUAUUGGACAUACAAAAUUACAAUGGAAAGAAGAAAAUCAUCGUAAUAAUAAUAAUAAUUCAUAUGAUAGUCUUAAUUGGAAUAUUAAUGAUAAAACUAUUGAAUUAAUUGAACCAUCAGUAGGAAAACGAAAACCAAAUAAUGAACCAUCUCGUUUAUGUAAAUCUGAAAUAUUUCAAUUAUAUAAAAACAUCUAUUCAACUAAUAAUAAAACUUAUGACCAAAUUAAAAAGUCAUCAGUUAUAUAUCAACAAUGUAAAUAUCAAAUGUUUCAUGGUUUUGAACUUUAUUAUUCAACAGGAUGGAUUUCAAAAGAUCCUUGUUUAUCAAUGUUUAUGUAA